AGUGUGUAGCAAUGAAUAAGAUUGUAGUAAGUAACAGCUAACAGCAACAGUUCAACAGUUGUGAGUUGUUAGUUGUUAGUUAGUUGUUGAUGUGAGUAGGUAGUCUACUGAUUCAAACACGCGGGGAUAUACUUAAUCAUUUUUUUCUUUUACUUUUUAUACAGCACUUUUUUAUUACUUAAAUUAUUAAUUAUUAAUUAUUAAUUGAUGCUGUUGGAAGAAAUGAGUGGAAAACAGUACGAGGAUGAUUAUAUGCGAAUUCCGGUUUUUAAAAGCAAAAUAAAAUCUUUUAGUGAUUUUUUUUACAAUUCAACUGAGAAAACUGUCUUGGGAAAAACUAAAAAGCAAUGGGGUGUUACGGGUCUUUUUUAUUUGGUUUUCUUCUCUGGAUUGAUUGUAUUAUUUUCAAUAUGCAUGGUGGGAUUAAUGGCUACAAUACGAAAGGAUAAACCUAGAUGGACGCUAGAUCAAAGUUUGAUUGGAUCGAGUCCAGGAUUGGGAUUCAGACCGAUAUCCGAUAAUCCGCGCGAGCUGGCGUUAAUUUUUUACAAAAACAACAAUGAAACUCAAAUAAAAACGUGGACUCGUCGACUUGAUGAUUAUCUUGAACAUUACAGAAAUCGUACCAUGUUGCCGAACCGCCAAAGAUGCGACUAUAAAUUUCCAAAGCCAAAAGAGGGCAAUGUGUGCGCUGUUGAUCUAGACACUGAUUUUGGAAUUUGUUCACCGAGUAAUCAAUACGGAUUCAAUAAUUCUUCGCCUUGUGUUUUCAUUAAAUUAAAUAAGAUAUUUGACUGGAUACCGGAAUAUUAUCAACCGUCGGAGUUACCGAGUGAUAUGCCAAAAAAGUUGGUUGAUCAUAUUAAAUCAUACGGUAAUUCGUCUGAAUUAAACACUGUGUGGGUUAGUUGUCAGGGUGAAGAGGCUGAAGAUAGAGAAUCUCUUGGUCCGAUUCAAUAUUUUCCGAAAAUACAGGGAUUCCCUGGAUAUUACUAUCCCUACAAAAAUAUCGACGGGUAUUUAAGCCCUCUGGUGGCUGUCAAUUUCAAAAGACCUACCAGAAAUAAAAUAAUAAACGUAGAGUGUCGUGCAUGGGCCAAAAAUAUUAUAUUCCACCAGCGACAAAAAAUUGGUAUGGUUCAUUUUGAAUUACGUAUUGAUGAUUAAUUGCUAUUGAGUUUAUUUUUAAUAAUUUACGGAUAUCAGGGAUUUAUUUGUGAAUAAAAUUUAUGUACUUACAUA